ACAUCCAGUCGUACCGCGAUUGUCACACCGUGCGUUGCGUAUGUGCGUCGUCCCGUGCGUUUCUCCCUCGUAACGACGACGACGUGUAAAAACGAGGGCCGGAGAAAUACGUUCGACGUACUACGCCACGCUCGUCUCGUUCUCGCGCGCGCUAUCUUUCUCUUUUCGCGUCCCCCCGCCGUGAAGUUUGUCUCGUCGAAGCUUUCUUCCGAGAAGCAGCGGCCCAGCGAUCGUCGAGAAGUUUGGCGGACGACGGCGCGUUUUCUUCCGUUCGAUUUACGUAGCGCAUCCGCGAAGGAAGGAAAGAGCGACGGUAAAUUAGGGGAGAAGGAGAGGCGGAGCGUAUGUUGCGUUCGUGUUUCACGGAACAAGCGGACACGAGACGACGAUCGACGCCCCGCCGUCACCGGCCGAUGUGUGGAAAGUGCGCGAGCCGACGAAAACGCGAGUACGCCACGGCACCGGCAACGAUCGUAUCGUACUGAACGUUGCCGUUGAACGCGCGAAAGAACGUGCGUCAGUUUCAAUUCGGGACACGCGCGCCGAUCAUCGUCCCGUCCUUGCUUGUCGCGAAUAAUCGAAAUCGAAACCAUCUAGGCAUUCCGAAUAAAAUCGGCAUCGGUAAACAGAAGCAGGUGGGGGAGGGGGCGCGAUAACGGGGCGAGUGGUCGCGUGAGGAUGCAUUCCAGAUGGACGAUGACGCCGCGACGUCUGUAACUGUCUCGCCGUCGUCCCCAGGUAUAUAUUAUUAUAAUCGCCGUCGUAUCAUCGCUUCGUUUAUCUACGCGAAUUUGUUACCGCGCCAAUCAUCGACGGCGCAUCGACGAGCGUCGCGCGGGUUAUGACGCGCCGCGCCGCUUAGGGACGCUUGUCAAGCGCGUACCGGCAGAGAGAUCCGCGAGUGCGUGUGCGUGCGUGCGUGCGCGACAACGGCGACGACGAUGAAGACCGAUCCGUCGGCUGAAUCCUGGUCGUCGCUCCCGAGCAAGGGAUCGUCGUCCUGCCUGGAGGCGUCGAUGCCGCGAAAGUUUCGCGACGAGGCCCGACGCGCGGGAACCAUGGGCCUCAAUUGGGCCAUGUGUGCCCUCUGCCUGGCCAGCCUCGUCAUGUCCGGCGUGCUCUUCUACCGCGAGCUCAAUCUCGAGUCCAGGAUCGCAAGUCUGGAAGCGCACUGCCUCCGCAUCGAGGAGUCAUCGUCGCCGGUGGACGUCUUGGUGCAGAGGCUCAAGUCGGAGGUACAGGAGCAGCUGCGACAGACGCAACAAUUCGCCCCAGUUGACAUCUUCAGGCCCAAGCGCGAGGUCUCUGAGGCGCGAUGCAACUGUCCUGCAGGUCCACCCGGUGAGCCAGGUCCACCCGGAAAGAGGGGAAAGAAAGGAAAGAAAGGUGAUCCUGGGGAACCCGGUGCACCGGGUGUGGCCGGGACGCCGGGCAAGAACGGUUUUCCGGGACCCAUCGGCUUGGACGGACCCAAAGGUGAUCCGGGUCGACCCGGUGACAAAGGGCAGAAGGGCGAGCUGGGCAGCCCCGGAUUCGACGUCUUGUCCGCAGUGAAGGUCAAUGCACAGGGAUUGGGGUUAAAGAGGUCGGUGACGACGCUCCGCGGCGGGACGCUUGGCUACGCGGAAAUCGUCGCCCUCAAGGGAGAGCCGGGUGAACCCGGGCCGCCGGGACCACCUGGUCCGCCAGGAGCCGAGGGUCUUCCCGGACACGAGGGCAGACAAGGGAUUCCGGGCGAGGUCGGCGCGCCGGGAGAGAAGGGCCCGCCCGGGCCAAUCGGGCCUGUCGGUCCGCCGGGCACGCCAGGAUUUGCGGGUCCUAAGGGUGACAAGGGUGAUAAAGGCGAUCGAGGCUUCACGGCGACCUUGAAGGGCGAACAGUUCCCAAGUGGAGUAUUCGAAGGUCCACCUGGUCCACCAGGACCGCCUGGGCCCCAAGGCGAGAAAGGAGAAGUGGGCCCGACGGGACCGCCCGGUCUACCCGGCGAGAAGGGUGCUCGGGGAAAGCCAGGGAAGAGGGGUUUCAAGGGUGAGAGCGGUGUGACAUUGGCGAGGGGUAUUCUCGGCCUACCGGGUCCGAAGGGCGAAAAGGGCGCCAAGGGAGAUGCGGGUUUAUCAGGGCCCAAGGGAGAGGCGGGGACGCAGGGCUUGCCGGGGCUCAACGGUACCGACGGCGAUCCCGGUAUUCAAGGACCCCCAGGAUUACCGGGAAUAUCUGGACCCAAAGGUGAAAAGGGUGACUACGGCGACAUCGGUCCUCCAGGUCUUAUGGGACCUCCGGGUCUACCCGGCCCACCGGGCUAUCCUGGGAUGAAAGGCGAAAAGGGAGAGAAAGGCGAAUCGAAGUACAAAAAGCUCAGGCGAAGACAGGGAGACGGCACGUUCGAGAUGAAUGCCGGGGAAGUGAUAAUGGGUCCACCUGGACCUCCAGGACCCGCUGGUACUCCCGGACUGCAGGGUCCACCUGGCAUCAAGGGUGACAGAGGACACGACGGCGCCAAGGGCGAUUCUGGAGAGAAGGGUGCCAAAGGAGAUCCUGGUCCGAUGGGACUGCCCGGCCCCAUGGGACUGAGGGGAGAGUCCGGAAAACCCGGGGAUUCCGGGAAACCUGGCGCCAUGGGACCACCAGGAUUAGACGGCAUGAAGGGUGCGCAGGGCGAGCCAGGAACGAAGGGCGAAAGGGGAGACCCGGGAUUGCCUGGUACCGAUGGGAUUCCCGGCGCGGAGGGACCGAAGGGAGAGAAAGGUGCCAAAGGCGAAUCUGGGCCGCCGGGUAAACGCGGCAGGAAGGGCGACAAAGGCAACAAGGGCGACCAGGGUGUUCCAGGAUUGGACGCGCCGUGUCCACUGGGGCCGGACGGACUUCCCUUACCAGGCUGCGGCUGGAGACCACCGCAGCAGGAUAUUACGAGCACAUCGACGCCGGCGAUCGAGGGUCCUGAACCCGCGGAGACGGAUUACGAGGAGCCGGAGGACGAGUACGAGGACUAUACGGACCCGAACGGGAAUCUAGCCGAGCAAUAAUGCUCGUUUUUGUGCGCUGCCCUAAUCACUACCGACAACCACCACCAACACCAACACCAUCACCGCCACCCUCAUCAUUCGUCUCACCCCGUUCUCCCAAACUAACGUGGUCCCGACAAACGACGAAGUCCUGCGUCAAUGGCUGAAAGAGGAGCAAGAAAAGGAAGAGAAGGAGAUGAAUGAGCGGCAGUGAUGUUGCAAGGACAAAUAUAGCGCAUUUUUUUCAUAAGGACUUCUGUAUAUCCUCCUGUUCCCGCCUUCGUCUCGUUACGACGACCGCAUUACGCAAAAAAAAAAAGAAAUAUAUAUAUAUAUAUAUAUAUUAUAUAUAUACCAAAAUAAUCAUCUUGCCAUCGAGUGUUGUAAAUAUGUGUACUUACAGUGUCUAGCGUUCGCAGUGCGUGUACAUAAUUAGAGCUUGCUGCGAAUCUAACGUAUCCCGACAAGACUAUUCGUACCGUCAUCGUCGGUUCAUACAGUUUAUCUAGAAACGUCACACACAAGUAUACGGCGAUCGAUCCGCGCUAUCGAUAUUUCCGGUUUCGAGUGCGGAGCUCGCUCUCCCCGCGUGAGAAGACGGGAAAAAAUUCGAUCCCGGUACGGAGAGAUAUUGGAGAGUAAGCGGACAAAGUAAUCCUGGAAAAUUAAAGUGAAGUGCGCGAAGGAUGUUUCAUGGUGAUGGUGCGAUGGUACGGGAGAAAACGCAUUCGCUUAUCGAGUACUCGAUGUCUCCAUGCGAACGAAAUGAAUUUGCGGCAGCGGGCCGAAGGAUAUUCAUCGCGGAUUUGAACGAGCGAUUUGAUGAGAUACAGAGAGGAAGGGGAAAAAAUAGCGCCGAGGAAUUAGCUUCUAGUCGCGGCCUGAAAUGCGUUUCGAGAUUUCUUUUUUCACAAUUUUUUUCUAUGGAAAUUUCUCUUGUAUCUUAUCGACUUGUUUAUGACAUAUAUAUGUACAGAUAUCUUUGAUAUUUUUUAAAAAUAUUUAUACAUCUUCAACAUUCUCGCGCUUGUGAUCAGGCUGCCUCUUAGCUAAUCUUUAGCGAAAAGAUGUACGCUAAUCCGUACCUGUGAAAAAUAAACGAUCUUCGCCGUAACAGAACCGUAGACUCGCGAAGAGAGAGACACUUUUUGAUACGACUAGUUGAUUAGCGGCGCGCCAUCCCGCGUUACUCCCGUCUAGAUUAUAUAAACUCGUACUACGCUAGAAAGUUGUGUAACGCAAGGAAAGAAAAAUACGACUGUAUACAUUUUUUUCGCCGAUACUUGCGAGGUAUCGUAAAAUAAAUCGGUAAGUGUAGAUAUAUCUUUCUCGAUGUCAGAAAUAUCAGACCGCCGUGUCAAGCACUGUUUUUUCCUUUUGUCAGACGUUUGUAGUCCAUUCCCGACACGCAAAUAUUUUCCGUACGUCAAAACGAUGUAAAAAAGAUAAAGAAAGAAAAAAAAACGAGAAAGAUAAAAGAGGUAGGGCCGAGAUGUAGUCUGUUGUAAUAUCGACAGUUCGACAGACGUGUGCAGUGUGCAGAGCGUCGACUUAUCUUCGGAACAUUGAUCUUCCGUUCAAACAGCGUGAAAUACAAACGUUAUUCGCAUUUUCUUCUGAAGAAAUGUAUAUUUAGUUUAUACGAGUACUGAUUGUACCGUCUAUUAACUUUCUCAGAAUCGGCAGAUUUUUCCUUUUAAUAGUAUCUUCUUUAACUAUAGUUAAUCUUGUGUUUUAUCAAAAUUCAGUUUUCCAGAACCUUUCCUUUAGAUAUAAAUGACACAGAUAGUUUUCCCAGAAACGGCUCUGAUAAGAUUUAACUUUGAUUAGAUGUAGAAGUAAUCUAAGACAUUCUUAUCGUAGCGAUUUUUAUUAUCAUUUACCAUUUUGCUGUCAUAAUUUAA